CUCUUCUCCCUCCUCCUCCUCCUCCUCCUCCCUUUCCCGGUCCUCAACUCCCACUUUCCAAUCGUCCCCUCCCGCCGUCGGUGCUCGGGACCAUCACCUGCGCUCGGGACCCGCUGAGCCACCCUCUCGCGACCCCAUUCCCGAAGACGCCCCGGGGGCGGGAUCCCGGGGGGGGGGGGUGGCUCAGCUCCCCCGCGCUCCCCACGCCCCCGCGGGCGCCGCCGCCCCGCACCCUCUCCCUCUCCCUCCCAGGCUUUUCCUUCCCCUCCCCGCGAAGUUUCGGGACUGUCAGUCUGGGAGUCUCUCGGGCAGUCCGCACCCGGGCUGCAGGCAGCGGGCGCCAUUGUGCACACAGCCGGCCGGCGGGGGGGCGGCGGCCCGGGGCCCCCGCAGCGGGCAGCGGCGCGAGGAGCCCGGCCCGCCAGGGUCUGUGGCCUGAUCGCCUACGGGAGCAACUGUGGGUUGCCAUGAGGGAGACCCUGGAGGCCCUGAGCUCCCUGGGAUUCUCUGUGGGACAGCCAGAGAUGGCCCCUCAAAGUGAGCCCCGGGAUGGGUCCCAUAAUGCCCAGGGGAAGACGUCCUCCAGGGAAGAGAGUGUACUGGGUGCAUGUUCAGAGAACAAGGGCCCUGGCCAGGACAAAGGCACUCACGCGGAGCAAGCUGGGGCGCCUUGUAGGGGAGGCCAAGCCUGCCCCCCACAGAAGGCUGAGCCAGUGGGCUCCAUCCCUGGGGAGGAGUGGAUGAUUCGGAAGGUGAAGGUGGAGGAUCCGGAGGCCGAGGAGGUGGAAUGGCCCCAGCACCUCUCCUUACUUCCCAGCUCUUUCCCGGCGCCUGACCUGGGGCACCUGGCUGCUGCUUACAAACUGGAGCCGGGGACUCCGGGCGCACUCGGUGGGCUCGCGUUGUCCGGCUGGGCCCCGAUCCCCGAGAAGCCCUACGGCUGCGGGGAAUGCGAGCGGCGUUUCCGGGACCAGCUGACCCUGCGGCUGCACCAGAGGCUGCACCGCGGCGAAGGGCCCUGCGCCUGCCCGGACUGCGGCCGCAGCUUCACGCAGCGCGCGCACAUGCUGCUGCACCAGCGCAGCCACCGCGGCGAGCGGCCCUUCCCGUGCUCCGAGUGCGACAAGCGCUUCAGCAAGAAGGCCCACCUGACCCGCCACCUGCGCACGCACACGGGCGAGCGGCCCUACCCGUGCGCCGAGUGCGGCAAGCGCUUCAGCCAGAAGAUCCACCUGGGCUCGCACCAGAAGACGCACACCGGCGAGCGGCCCUUCCCGUGCGCCGAGUGCGAGAAGCGCUUCCGCAAGAAGACGCACUUGAUCCGCCACCAACGCAUCCACACGGGCGAGAGGCCCUACCAGUGCGCGCAGUGCACGCGCAGCUUCACGCACAAGCAGCACUUGGUGCGCCACCAAAGGGUGCACGAGGCUGCUAGCCGUACCCAGCCCUCCCCGGACGCGCCGGCCUCGCCCCACUCCCCUUCCGCGCCCCCGUCCCCUCCCGGGCCCAAGCCUUUCGCCUGUUCCCACUGCGGCCUGAGCUUUGGCUGGAAAAAGAACCUCGCCACGCACCAGCGUCUGCACCUGGGCGAGGGUCGUCCCUUUGGGUGCGAUGAGUGCGCGCUGGGCACCACCGUGGACCCCUCCGCCGUGGAGCCCUCGGCCUGCGCGUCCCACGAGCCGGGCUGCAGCCCAGGGUCCGGUCCCGCGGCGCCCCAGCGCAUCGUCACGGCCGCCGAGCGGUCCUUCUUCUGCCCCGACUGCGGGCGCGGCUUCGCCCACGGGCAGCACCUGGCGCGGCACCGACGCGUGCACACGGGCGAGCGGCCCUUCGCCUGCGCGCAGUGCGGCCGUCGCUUCGGCUCGCGGCCCAAUCUGGUCGCCCACUCCAGGGCCCACAGCGGUGCCAGGCCCUUCGCCUGCGCGCAGUGCGGCCGCCGCUUCAGUCGCAAGUCGCACCUGGCCCGCCACCAGGCUGUGCACACGGGCAGUCGCCCCCACGCCUGCACCGUGUGCGGGCGUAGCUUCAGCUCCAAAACCAACCUGGUCCGCCACCAGGCAAUCCACACGGGCUCGCGCCCCUUCCCCUGCCCACAGUGUGGCAAGAGCUUCAGCCGCAAGACCCACCUGGUGCGCCACCAACGUAUCCAUGGCGAAGUGGCUGCCACAGCCUCGGACCUCCCGACCUCAGCGUGGUCCAACACCACCGAGGUGGCACCGCCGCCUCUCUUCUUCUGAGCGGUGUGGGGGGAUGGGUGUCUCCCGGCCAUCCUUCCUUGGUUAACAGGUCGCAGAGAUCUUAGAAGUCCGCGAGCAUACCUGGCUGUGAUGUUCAGUGCGCGCACAGAGAACCCUUGCAGAUAUCCUACUGGAAAGCGGGCAUUUCCUCGGGCUAGCCAGGCCAAAGACAGACUGGGCAGGGAACUUCCACCCAGAGGGAAAGAAUGAUUAUUUAUGUACUUGGAAGUUCAUUAAAGUUCAAUGUCAA